AUGAGCCAUCUUCUAAAGCUGAAGCGAGCUGAUGGGGUUGGGAACUCUUUGAUAUGCCCAGACUUGGAAUAUGAAAGGGUCUUAAGGAGCCUACGGGCUCCUAGCGAAAUCUGCGCGGAAGAAAAUCAAAGUCGUGUGACAAACCGGCGGUUUUCGGAUGUUCUCCCACUUCAAGUACCUUUCACUGUCGUUGAAGCUGGUCCAACAGAUACAGCCGUCACACACAUUGGCGACUGCGUUGCCCACAGAACAGCAUCUGCACCUCUCCCCAACAAAGUGACAACUCACCUCAACAACGCAUUCACCGUUACCUUUACCCGUUCACUCGACAAGCAGGACAAGCGGGAUACGUUAGUUCCAUUGUACCCCUGUAGCAGUGGCUCGAGUCCAAACACACAUUCACCAGCUAGCGACGUUGCUGGAUCACCUACAAAUCAAAACCCCAGCAUUAAUGCGCCCCCAAGCCAGACUCACUCGGUAACGAUAAGAGCCCAUAUGCCAUCACAGUGCUCCAAAUCGCAUCCUCAUACUCAUCUUGCUUCUCAUACUCCAUGUCUCCCCUCCGCGACACCUUCUUACCUACCGCGUGAAGGUUCAACGUCUUCUCUACUUUCACUAGAGGCCAGAGACAGCUCUAUACGAAUAGUUAAACCCGACCUGACGCUCUCCCCAUCGUAUAAAGCUAGAGAUCCAAUUCCGCAGACACUGAAUGGGGCAACGUAUUCGGCUUCUAGCAAGAUAGUGAAUAAGUAUCAAGCUGCUAUGUAUGGGAGCAAGCAAAACGGCCAGGCGAGCCUCAAAAGCCAAGAGUCUUCAUACAACGGUGCCGGUGUACACACGCGCUCCCAUUCACGUUCCGUGUCCGAGUGCCGACAAUCCAUUGAUGCACCAGAGGGCUAUAACUGCGCCCGGGAUCAUAGCAGAGGCUCCUCGAUCCUGAAUCCCGAUCAUAACAUUCGUAAUGGCAGUCUACGGUCUGAUUCUACUGAUCGUGGACGCACGAUGCAGCGUCGUUAUGAGUUUAUCGACAACGAUGAUAAGGCCCACCAAGUAUUGUCUCCAGUCCAUGAGACUGCUAAGAAGGACAUCGACAAUGUUAAUAGCAAAAUUUUCAGAAAUAUCGGGCAUGAGAGCAGUAUGACCACUGUGACAGAUCUAAUGCAGCAAUGUGUGGAACAUCUUCCUCAACCACCCGCCCUUCAAAAUCAUCGCCAAAAACUCACCAAUGGAGCUGUUGAUACAUCAGCUACACAAGUUUCUCUAUCUCAGGCCAAGGCAAAGCAACGACCUCCCGCGUUGAAUCUGAGAAAUCCUGUCCAUAUUGGAAUGGUCAAUCGAAAUACUAACCGCUACCAAAUCGAGCAUACUGCGAUCAAGUCUUCGAAAGCGGAGCACUUUGAUUCGUAUAGUCCAAGCGACAACACGCCUGUAUAUGAUUGUACUGAAGAUUCACCGGCCAUCGCUCCUUUGACUAUACCUAAAUACAGCAAUAUAGAUCCUGCCAGCCCUCUUCGGUCAUACAUUGAGUGGAGACAGAACCUGAAGCCCGUCUACACGCCGUCGCAAAGCUCCAUUCGCGUCAUGAUUCCGACUCAGGAGGAAGAGAUGUUCGCGGUCAAAAAGAGGGUCGGCGAUGGCCAUCGUCAAAUUGUAGGCCCGCACGGUACCCGGAUUCCAUAUGCCCUCAGCAAUAUGCGUUCUCGAAGCGCUCUAGGCAUUAGAGAGGACGGUAACGAAGACCGUUAUCGCCAAUUGUCUGGAGAUUCUGGCUAUACGGCCAGUGAGUAUAGUGCUGAAAAGACCCCCGGCAGAGGAUCUGGGAUAACCAGAUCCGCUACGAUAAAUGAAGGACCUCAUCGCGAUCGUCAAUUCUCAGGCGAUUCUGAGUCCAAGAUCAGUCAAAGUGGCACUGUGAUAGAUAGUGUAAACCCACCAAAAGAGACGGCUUCUUCUUCGCCGUUCACACCCCUGACGCCAUUCAUUAUGCGGGCGAGCGGCGCUCCAGUUGGAGUUGAGCAAGGGACGAAGACGCUCUUUGGUAAGCAUGGCUGGCUUGAAGAUACCGCAGCGUUAGGGGUGAAGAAAUCCAAGAUAGAGAGAACGGGGAGAUUCAUGGAAAGCCUCAAGCGAAAGGCACGCGAAAUCGCUGACAGCACAUCGUUCAAACCAGCACGCCAUAGCCGAGCCAGCUCCGUCAGCCACAUGAACAUUUCCCUCGACGCCCGCCAGCAAAGUCUACUGUAUUGCGAGCUCGAGUAUAACCUUAACACAGCGCUGGAUACCUACUUCAGAACGCAACUCAACACUGGUCGCUUGGAAGCCAGUAAACUGAGCCGCAUAGCUGAUGCGUGGGUGCAGAAGGGCCGCCCGAAAGUAAUUGGCUUCCGCUACGAUCUCGAGACCCAGGUCGAUCUCAUUACGGCGCAUAUCAAUGAAUUUCGGUUCUACGGACCGGCACAAGCAGAGGGACCGGCGGCUGUUACUGGUCUUCUGUACGCUAUGAAAUCGAAUGCACGGUCUAUGCGUAUACGCACGUUCUGCCAACCAGACAGCGUCAUCGCAAAACACGUUCUCGACUCUCAGAAUCUUUUACGUCUCCUCGGCUCUCCAGAGUCCUUGCAGAGACCGCUUGAGGAAGUUGCGCAGUUCUUUAAAGUCGCUGUGGAUAGAAACAGAGCUAUGGCUGAAGCGCCUGCUGGCCGUCAAGGCGGUGGCCGCGACUUCAGCGACGGCAGUACUCGGAUCAUCAGCAAUGGCAGCGGGCAGCGCGUCCGUUUUCAAGACGAUGGUGAGCGAUCCCGGCCGCGUGUGGACAUCCCCGGUGUCGGUAUAUCACGCUCUGCUGUGAGAGGUCAGAAUAAUGGAAGUGUGAGAUCGCAGAGUGUCAAGCCUCAGAAUGCGAGUCGAGGCGUAGAUCAUUAACGUCGAUGAAAUGACAAAGAUGAGACCGUGAAGGCAGUCGCAUGAGAUUGAAUCAGUUCUCAUCACCAACUAAUGCGCUGAUACGAAGCUCGUCGAUUUCACGUUCUAUACUCAUCUCGACAUGGCGCUCUGAUAGAAAGGACUCUCAUUUCCGUUAUCUAAUAUUCUGUCCCAACUUCUCAAGAAACACGGCCUCGGUUUCGCUGGGACUUUCUUUGCAGCUCUGGCCCCCCACUGGCGUUUUUUAUCAUUCCACCUCGAGAUGUACCUACCUCGUUUGGUAGAAUUGGCUUGGUUCAUACUUUGCCUCUUCUCAUUUGAUGAAGAACAUGCUGUACCAUGGCCCUAUUGAUCUUAGCCGACAACAAGCAAUGUACCACGACCUACUCUGUUUGUCAUCCGCUUAGUGAUUGAGGUGGUGAGAUUGAGCUUGUACGGUCUGUUAAAGUAAUUUUUUUCCCUUUCACUUGGUUUUGAGUCAUUUGCAGAAACACUGUCGGCUGCGCAGUACGGUGUGUAAUGAAGAGACAUCGCCUUGUAUUGAUUUGAUCCCCUUUUUCUUUCACCAGUUGACGGGUUGGGAAUCGGACGAGCUCUGUUGAGUAUGGGCUCCAAUUUGUUUCAUGGCGGUUACACUAUGGUCGGGCUCAAGUGAGUUAAGAGGUAGGUGUAUGGGAAGAUAAAUGAAAAGUGAGGAGGAGGAGAAGAAGGACAAGGAACAGGUUGUUUCACGUG